GAACCGCGACCGCGAAGAGGUGAUUUUGUGAGAUCAGUGGAAAAUCGUGAAGUUCUCAUCUUACAAUAAAUAAGAAUUGUAAAGGAUUCUGCUGAGAAAAAUCCUCCUUUAAAAUCCUUCCUCAAAUUACUCAAAAGAGUGUUGGUGUGAUUUAAGAUGGGAAAAACUCCGGCAAUUGGCAUCGAUUUGGGCACAACGUACAGUUGCGUGGGUGUCUUUCAGCAUGGAAAAGUCGAGAUAAUCGCAAACGAUCAGGGCAACAGGACGACGCCCAGCUAUGUGGCGUUCACGGACUCCGAGCGUCUGAUCGGCGACGCGGCCAAGAAUCAGGUCGCCAUGAAUCCCAAGAACACCAUUUUCGACGCCAAGCGUCUGAUCGGGCGCAAGUUUGACGACCCCAAAAUCCAGGACGACAUGAAGCAUUGGCCCUUCCAGGUGGUCAACGACUGCGGCAAGCCAAAGCUGCAGGUGGAGUUCAAGGGCGAGAGCAAGAGAUUCGCUCCGGAGGAAGUGAGCUCAAUGGUGUUGAUCAAGAUGAAGGAAGUGGCUGAGAUUUACCUGGGCGGCAAAGUCAGCGACGCCGUGAUCACCGUGCCGGCGUACUUCAACGACUCCCAGCGCCAGGCCACCAAGGACGCCGGCGUCAUUGCCGGCCUCAAUGUGCAGAGGAUUAUAAACGAGCCCACGGCGGCCGCUCUGGCUUACGGACUGGACAAGAAUCUCAAGGGUGAGCGGAAUGUACUGAUCUUCGACUUGGGCGGCGGAACGUUCGACGUCUCGAUUCUGUCCAUCGACGAGGGAUCGCUGUUCGAGGUGAAAUCCACCGCCGGCGACACUCAUCUCGGCGGCGAGGACUUCGACAAUCGCCUCGUGAAUCACUUCUCCGAGGAGUUCACGCGCAAGUUCAAGAAGGAUCUCAAGGGCAACGCCAGAGCCCUUCGUCGGCUGCGCACGGCGUGCGAGAGAGCCAAGAGGACGCUCUCGUCUAGCACCGAAGCCUCUCUGGAGAUCGACGCCCUGCACGAGGGCGUGGAUUUCUAUGCGAAGAUCACGCGAGCGCGCUUCGAGGAGCUCAACAUGGAUCUGUUCCGAUCGACGCUGGCGCCCGUGGAGAAAGCCCUGGCCGACGCCAAGAUGGACAAGGGUCAGAUCCAUGACGUCGUCCUCGUGGGCGGAUCUACGCGCAUCCCGAAGAUCCAGAAGAUGCUGCAGGACUUCUUCUGCGGCAAAGCCCUGAAUCUCUCCAUCAAUCCCGACGAGGCUGUCGCCUACGGAGCCGCCGUCCAGGCCGCCAUUCUCUCGGGCGACAGCAGCUCCCAGAUCAAGGACGUGCUGCUGGUGGACGUGACACCGCUGUCGCUGGGCAUCGAGACCGCCGGCGGCGUCAUGACGAAGCUGGUGGAGCGAAACUCACGGAUUCCAUGCAAGCAACAGCAAACAUUCACGACAUACAGCGACAACCAGAACGCCGUCACGAUCCAGGUGUUCGAGGGCGAGCGCGCCAUGACGAAGGACAACAAUCUCCUGGGCACCUUCAAUCUCACCGGCAUUCCGCCAGCACCGCGAGGCGUGCCCAAGAUCGAAGUGACCUUCGAUCUCAACGCCGACGGCAUCCUGAACGUGUCGGCGAAGGAUAACAGCACCGGUCGAUCCGAGAACAUCCGGAUCACCAACGACAAGGGACGCCUGUCCAAGGCCGAGAUCGAUCGCAUGCUGUCGGAGGCGGAGAAGUACAGAGACGAGGAUGAGAAGCAGCGCCAGAGAAUCUCCGCCAGGAACGCCCUGGAGAGCUACAUCUUCAGCUGCAAGCAAGCUGUCGAGGAGGCGCCGCAGGGCAAACUGACGGACGCCGACAAGCAGACGGUGAAGGACAAGUGCCAGUCCGAGAUGUCCUGGCUGGACUCCAACACACUGGCAGAGAAGGAAGAGUUCGAGGAUCACCUGAAGGACACUCAGCGCGUGUGCGGACCCGUGAUGGCCAAGAUGCACGGCGGCGGACCUCAGGCUCAGCCGCAGGGCGGCCAGAACACCUCCGGCCGCGGCCCAACCGUCGAAGAAGUCGACUAAUCCAAUCACUAACUCAAACUAAUUGCCACAAUAACCAGAGAUAACUUUACCACUGAGAAUUGGUGGUGGGAAAAGAUUAGAGUAUUUGCCAUUUUCAAUCACAGAAGAAGCACAUCUAAUGUAUUUUUGCAAGAAAGAGAGAAAUAAAUGGAAUCAAUUCA